AUGAAUUGGAAGAGCAGGAUACCAUGGCUAGCAUUAGCAGGUCUGCUACAGCUGGCUCGGGCGGCCGAUCAGCCUGACCUAACCACUCGACACGAAGCUGGGCGAUGUGCGCUUCGAGGGCAAUGUGGCAAGCAGAGCUUCUUCGGCGGAGAACUGCCAUGCCCCGACAAUGGGCUUGCGGAAGAUCCGACGGACGACGUGAGAGAGAAGCUCGUGUCAAUAUGCGGCAAUGAGUGGGCAAACACCAAGGUCUGCUGUCGAGACGAACAGCUGGAUGCGCUGCAGUCGAAUUUGGACAAGGCCAAGGGCAUCAUCUCGUCCUGUCCGGCUUGCAAGAAGAAUUUCUACGACCUCUUCUGCACAUUCACCUGCUCUCCGGAUCAGUCCCUGUUCGUAAACGUGACCGAAACCGUUCCCAAGGGGGACAAGUUCCUCGUCACCGAGCUCGAUCAUCUUAUUAGCAACGGCUAUGGCAAAGGCUUCUACGAUAGCUGCAAAGACGUCAAGUUUGGUGCCACCGGUGGCAAGGCGAUGGAUUUCAUAGGAGGCGGAGCAAAGAACUACACCAAGUUCUUGCAGUUCCUCGGCGACAAAAAGCUGCUUGGCAGUCCGUUCCAGAUCAACUUCCCACGCCCAAGCGAAGGCUUCGAAGGAAUGGAGCCUAUUUUGGACGGAGCUAUACCUUGCAACUCUAGCGACAAAGCGUAUCGCUGCGCUUGUGUCGAUUGCGAAGGCUCUUGUCCCGAACUGCCCGCCAUAACUCAGGAGGAAGAGUGCUACGUGGGACUCAUGCCUUGCCUCAGCUUCGGAGUCGUCAUUGUCUAUUCUGUCUUCAUCACUCUGCUUGUUCUGGCGGUUGCUGGUCAUGUUGCAGCUAUGAAGCGGAGAAAGAGCAAGAACGAACGUUUGCAGCUGUUGCAGGAUUCUGCGCCCAGCGACGACGAGGACGAAGGCGACAUUGCCAGUGCCGCUGUAAUGGAUCGGCCGACGAAGCCAUACAUUGUCAACACUUGGUGUGACCGUAUCUUCAGCAACCUCGGCCGACUCUGCUCUCAGUUCCCGGGGAUCACAAUUGGGACUUCGAUUCUCAUUAUCGGUUUGCUCAGUCUUGGUUGGAUCCGAUUUGCCGUUGAAACAGAUCCCGUCAAGCUCUGGGUAGCCCCAGACUCAGCAGCAGCGACCGAAAAAGAGUUCUUCGACGCUCACUUUGGUCCGUUCUUCCGUACGGAGCAGGCCUUCUUGGUCAACGAUACCACCGACGCCGGUCCCUCACCCGUGCUGAGUUACAAAACUCUCGCCUGGUGGUUUGACGUGGAGCGCAGAAUUCGAGUGCAAAAGAGCCUUGAGCAUGGGUACACGCUGAAGGAUGUGUGCUAUAACCCUACGGGAGACGCGUGCAUUGUCCAGUCCGUCUCAGGGUACUUCACAAGCGCGUCUCUCGACCCAGAGACGUGGGAAGAUCAGAUUAACAAGUGUUCCGAAUCGCCAGGCAAUGUUGAAUGCUUAUCAGAGUCCAAACAGCCGCUGCCCGUGGCGCGCUUGCUUGGUGGCUACAAUCGAACCUUGGAAUCCGCUUCGGAAGCCACGUCUUUGAUAACUACUUGGGUUGUGACCAACUACAAUCCUGGCGAUCCCGAGCUUGAGAAAGCGGAGGAGUGGGAAGAGAGCCUCAAACGUCUUCUCAAGGAUAUCCAAAGUGAAGCCUUGGAACGCGGUCUGAGACUGAGCUUCAGCACCGAGAUCAGCUUAGAACAAGAGCUGAACAAGAACACGAACACGGACGCGAAGAUUGUAGUAGUGAGCUACAUCGUCAUGUUCAUAUAUGCCUCACUGGCUCUCGGCAGCACCACGGUUACGGUCGGCACGAUUUUGCGCAAUCCCCUCGGUGCACUUGUACAGAGCAAGUUUAUGCUUGGGAUUGUUGGCAUCGUGAUCGUGCUGAUGUCUGUCUCCGCGUCUGUUGGCCUCUUCGCAGCCACAGGUGUGAAGGCAACCCUAAUCAUUGCGGAAGUCAUUCCAUUCCUGGUACUGGCCGUUGGUGUUGACAACAUUUUCUUGAUUGUGCACGAGUUUGAGCGUGUCAACAUCACCCACGCCGAUGAGCCUGUUUCGGAACGCGUCGCCCGAGCACUUGGAAGGAUGGGACCUUCAAUCCUGCUCUCUGCCUCUACGGAGACAGUAGCCUUUGCUCUUGGGGCCGCUGUUGGCAUGCCUGCUGUACGGAACUUCGCGGCAUAUGCUGCAGGAGCCGUUUUCAUCAACGCCCUGCUUCAAGUCACGAUGUUUAUUUCGGUCCUUGCGCUCAACCAACAACGCGUUGAAGACGGGAGACUCGACUGCAUUCCUUGUUUGAAAGUGCAAGGACCCAGUCAUCACUUGCCAAACGGAUAUGGAGGCGCUCCAUUCAGCGGCGUCGAUGAAGAAGGUGCCCUGACUAAAUUCAUUCGCAAGCACUACGCUACUGCACUUCUCGGCAACAAGACCAGAGUCGCGAUCAUCACGGUCUUCCUUGGGUUCUUCGCCGCCGGCAUCGCGCUCUUGCCGGAAGUGCCACUUGGCCUGGACCAACGAAUAGCACUUCCGUCCGACAGCUACCUCAUUGACUACUUCAACGACAUGGAUCACUAUUUCGAGCAAGGCGCUCCUGUCUAUUUUGUAGUGAAGAAUCUUAACGUCAGCCAGCGAGCACAUCAGCAGGACCUUUGCGCGCGAUAUACCACUUGCAAGCAGUACUCCCUUGCUAACAUUCUCGAACAAGAGCGCAAAAGACCACAGUUGAGCUAUAUCGCUGAAGGAACAGCGAGCUGGAUCGACGACUUCUUUCAAUGGCUGAAUCCUGAGGCAGGCGAGUGCUGUGUACACGGCUCAAAGGCGUGCUUCGAGGACCGGAACCCGCCAUGGAACAAUACUCUUUAUGGCAUGCCAGAGGGCAGGGAGUUCGUUUCCUAUGCAAAACGAUGGCUCGAUGCACCAACUGUCGAAGAGUGUCCCUACGCAGGCAAAGCCGCGUAUGGCGAUGCUGUUAUCAUAGACGACAAGCAACUCACCAUCCCAGCCAGCCACUUCAGGACUGCGCACACAGCUCUGCACAGCCAAGCAGAUUUCAUCAACGCCUACGCAUCUGCCCGACGAAUUGCUGCCGAUAUCAGCGCCCGCGAUGACAUUGAGGUGUUCCCGUACAGCAAGUUCUACAUCUUCUUCGACCAAUACUCCACAAUCGUGCAACUCUCCACUGCACUUGUUGGUGCAGCCCUAGCCUGUACACUAGUCAUCUCCAGCUUCUUACUGGGUUCCUUCUUGACUGGCAUUGUAAUCACGGUUACUGUCAUCAUGAUCGUGGUCGACAUUGUUGGCACCAUGGCAAUUGCCGGCGUGUCACUGAACGCCGUCAGUCUGGUCAACAUCAUCAUUUGCGUUGGGAUUGGAGUCGAGUUCUGCGCGCACAUUGCACGGGCAUUCACGAUCCCAUCUGCAUCGAUCCUGGAGCGCUCCCCAUCGAAGUUCCGCGGGAGAGAAGCACGCGCGUGGGCCGCCCUCGUGAACGUCGGAGGCAGCGUCUUCAGUGGCAUCACGAUUACGAAACUGCUGGGCGUGUUUGUGCUGGCCUUCACGAGAAGUAAGAUCUUUGAGAUCUAUUACUUCCGCGUGUGGUUGUCACUGGUGGUGUGGGCUGCUCUGCAUGCACUUGUCUUCCUUCCAGUCGCCCUCAGUCUUCUGGGCGGCAAAGGUUAGUGGAAAUUACAUCUGCCACGGUCAAGCUGGGAGCUCAUUGGGCUGUUAGCGUGACGGUAACUCUUGUCACAUUUGGCCUCGGUAUGCUAGGGAAGUUCUACUAACAGACCGAUGAGCUUUUGGGUUGACCGUGGCAGAUGUUCCCUCCUGAGCAUAUAGAUUUCAGCUAACGGAAGCAGGUUAUAUUGAUCCAGAGAGCGACGGAAGUCUGGAGCAAGACCUUGCGAGUCGACGAUACAGAGCCCUUCUGCCUGACGACGAGUACGACAGCGAUGAAUAUUAA